UGUUAAGCAUCUUAUCAUGAUUAUUAAAAUGCUGUUGUUAAUUUUUGCUCGUGCCUCGCUUCAGGCAUCAACACCAUCAAGUACAACAUAUGAAGCGGGUGUUGUUGAGUUCAAUUACGGAAGUCUAGUCAACAUGACAUCACAGCAAAUGUUGGAUGUGAAUUUAAAGCAGUAUAUAGAAUUUAUGAAUGAUGCUUCAUCAUCGCUAGACAUUAUUGUGUUUCCAGAAGGCACACUUAACACGAUAUUAACAGCAACAGAAAUUCUCGAGUCUGAGGAUGAAAUCGCACCAUGUAUUAAUCCAAAUUAUGUGAAUAAUAAUUUAUUAAAGUUGAUUUCAUGUUCAGCACAAGAACAUAAUCGUUAUGUUGUCAUCAAUGUCAUUACGAAAGCAAAAUGUCCAGACACCGAAAUGAUAUUAAAUGAUGAUCCGAGAAAUUGUGAUGACACAAGAGAUGGCUUUAGUUACUAUAACACAAAUAUUGUCUUUAAUCGUGUCGGUGUCAUUAUUUCAAGCUAUAGAAAAUAUCAUUUGUUUGGCGAGGGACUUGAUAAGCCACACAAGCCAGCUCUUGUGACUUUUGACACUGAUUUUGGUGUUACUUUUGGACAUUUUAUAUGCUUCGAUAUGCACUUUCGGUAUCCAGCUGUUGAACUUGUUAGAGCUCAUAAAGUUACUGACAUUAUAUUCACAUCCAAAUGGUUCUCUGAACUUCCAUUCUUAACUGCUGUUCAAGUUCAACAAUAUUGGGCUCAUUCGUUGGAUGUGAAUUUAUUGGCUGCUGGUGCUAAUUUUCCUAGAGUUGCAUCGACUGGAAGUGGAAUUUAUGGUGGGAAUAAAGGUGCAUACAUCGCAGAAAUGAGUUCAAUAAAUAAAUCAAAACUGUACACAGCAAAAGUCCACAAGAAAAUACUUCAAAAUGAGGCAAUUAAAAUUGAGCACAAACUCACACGAUACACAAAAGAUGAGAUGAAAUCACUCGAUAUAUGGCGAGAUCAAUUAGACGUUUAUGACAUACAAUUCCUAAAUGAUACCGAUGGACUGUAUUUCAUCACUAAAAAUAUCUGCAACAAUACUCUAUGCUGCGAUAUCAAAGUUAAUUAUACAAUCAAAAAUUCAGCAACUAAACCACACUAUCAAUAUGCAAUUGCAUUCUAUUUUGGAAAUAGAACAUUUUCAGGUAUAGUUGAAACUGGCGUUGCUGCAUGUGCAAUAAUUGGAUGUCCCCGAAGGGAUAUCGCCUCGUGUGGAACGCGCGAUGAAAGCUUAGAAAAUAUUCAUGAAUGGAAUUUGAUUGAAAUUAAUGGUGAAUUUCCAAUGAGAAAUGAUCAAUAUUUUUACAUGCCAUCGACACUCGAUGACAAUAUUCUGCCACUUCAGCCUGAGUUGUUUGAAUAUAAUGUGGUAAGUGGACGUAAGGAUGGAAUUAAUGUUGUAAUGAAGUUGAACAAGGAUGUUGACAAUUUAUUGACUUUUGGGAUAUGGGGAAGAGAUUUUAGUGAUGAGAGUGAUAAGGCAAGCGGAAGUGCUUGUAUUUUGGUGUUGGUUGUUGUCUGUGUGCUGGUUUUAUUGAGAUUGAUGUGAGAUUUU